CCGACGGUGGUGAGAGGUUUUAUUAAAUUCCCGUGUUUUGUUACUAAAUUUAGCCUUUGCUGGAGAGAUUUCGCGACCGAUAGAAACGGCACAGAUAUUGGACUAACCAAGCACGAGUAUUUACGCCUAGGUUACCUCGCAUGAAGUAGAAAAAUUCAUAGUAGAGUGGCAGUUCUAACAGACGUCGUUAGGAAAAACCGGAAGGCGCUGGCGGCCUGCAUACAAAUAGACUGACUGACUAGACUAGAUAUUUCUUCAAAUUAAACGCUUUCAAAGAUCACGAUGAGUGGUGCUGGAAAUGGUGCGAUGUUUAAUGUGUCUUUGUCAGAUGACAGUGAGCAAGGUGAAGUUCGCAGUGUAAUGCGGCAAAGCAGUAGUAUGGGGAGUCAGUUUGCUAGUACCCCAAGCAGCACUUGUAGUGAUGAUAAAAUAACUGACGAUGAAGCUGAAGAAAAAGCCAGGCUCAUUUGUCAAGUUCUAGAGUUACAGAACACGUUAGAUGAUUUAUCUGCACGUGUGGAUGGUGUGAAGGAAGAGAACCUUAAACUGAAAUCUGAAAACCAAGUGCUUGGACAAUACAUUGAGAACCUGAUGUCUGCAUCCAGUGUGUUCCAAACCACUUCUCCUAAGAGUAAGAAAAAGUGACUACAGACGUCAUUGAUAACCACCGUUGAAGAAGCCAAAUAAUACACACCUUUCCAGAUGAAAUAUUCUUGUGACGUUUCACCCCCAAUGGAUUGAACCAAAAUUACAAACAAUUGGAUCAUUGUACUGCAGAGAGUGGGGAUGAAAUGCUGCAUCCAUCAUCUUUGCUUAUGUUCCGUUUACGGCAUUGCUCCAAAUGUGUUCUCUGUAAUUAAUGUGCGCUUCCAGACUCUCUCUAUUUCCUUGGCUUCUCGUAAAAGCUUUUUACAUCGACAUUUUACAAAAAAAGACAUUGUUUAUUGAUUAAGAUGUGCAAUAUUUGUCAGACGUUCUCUCUGUGGGUUGGUGUAAGUUUCUUCACGGUAUACAUGUGGAAGUCUAGUAUGAAGUCGCGUAUUGAUUAUAUUCACAGCAGCUUACCUCGCAAUGCACCAUUCACGACAAAUGCCUCAAGUUAUCAACAUAAAUUGGCUCGCUUAUUGUGAACCUUGUUGAGAGGUACGCUAUGAACAUCUUCCAUGACCAACUGACAGUUUGACAGAUACAGUAGCUUUGGUGAGGCAUGUGUGCGACGAAUGCUACUGUGACAGCAAAAAACUGCAGUGCUUCUUGCAGGAUAUAGCUGCAUCGCUACAGCAUGUACAGUCAUGUAUUUCACUUAAUUAGUAAUUCAUCGGUAGUCUUGUGUACAGAUGUUGAACUUUAGUGGUAGUCUUGUUUCUCUGAUGUAAACGAUAAAUAGAUUGAUAGUUACAAUUUAAAGUACUUAUGGAUAAAUCUGAUCAUGUUGUAAAUUAGUUGUUCAGUUUUACUCACUACAUGGCGGCAUUUGCAAAUGUAAUUAAUUUACUGUAUUGCCAGAGAAAAUGCAUGCAGUCAGUUUAUUUAAUGAAAAAACAGCUAAAAGUUCAUUUUCAGGGGAGUAAUUUUUCCCCAUUCCAGAUCAUUUUUGAGGCAAAUGAUAUUAAGAAAUCGCAAUAUAUCAAGUGUUAAAGAACACAAGUAGUAUUCCAGUGAACGUACUCAUAGAUAAUAAUAUUGGAUUUUUGGUGAGGUUGCACUACACGAUUCACAUAGGACACAUUUGUAGAUCUAUAAUGAUUUGUUUUAUUGUUAGUGUGCCCUCACUAUCAGAAUCACAAAUUUGAAUGUAGUGCGAUUCUACUGUAGCUCUUAGCCCCUGUCAACCUAGCCUCCAUACAUUAGACUUGAUUUCAAUUAGAGAUCUCCUUUUAACAAGGUGAACUUUCCUUUGAACUGAAACCUGUUCAAAAUUUAAAGGGAUUUUGAGGCCAAUUCUUUUUAUUCGUAUUUAAAAAAUGUUUUCUCACUGUCUAUGUAGGUGUAGUACAUUGAUUUCCACCGACACACAAACUUCUAACAUAAUGGAAUGUUUUACUUUCAAGAACAAGGUCAAUGAAUAAUGACGGAAAUGAAUACAGUUGGUGGCAGAAACGUUUUAUAAAUUCAAAAUGGUUGUUGGAUUUUUAAUUGGCCAAUGGUAUUGUAGCCAGUAUAAUUCAAUGUCAUGUAAUUAGUAAAUGUUUUAAUUCGAACAAGUAACCAGUCGCAGUGCGUGCAGUAUGGGUGUAGAGAAUGUUUUUGAGCCAAUCAUAAUUACAUAUUUGAGUGAGAGCAGAGGGUCAGUAUUUAUAAAUGAGUUUAUGCAUGAAGGUACAGGUUUCUGCCAUCCACUGUAUGUUGAUGCCUUCAUUAAUUAUUGAGAAUUUGCCCAUGUUUUCACAUUCACAUUAUAGUAGCCACCUUUUCUUUCAUAGUACUUGAAAAUUGUCAGUUCAUAUAAUCCACCUAUUUCACACUUCCUGAUUAUUUCUAUUUUGAUCACAACACAUUAAGGUGCCACCAUUUCAUUCCUUGUUUUAAUACUAUAUAACCAUGAAUAUAUACGCUUUGUUCUCGCUGUGAAAUUUAUUUAUUUAUUGAAAGUGCAAAAAGAAUUCAAUCAUUUUCAGAUUUUUUUUGUGCCAAGUGCCGAUCACGAAAUAUAACUCACAACUGCUACUUAUUAUUGUUCCUGGUACAUUAAAAAGUUUUAGUGAAAUUAAGAAAUUUACUAGUUUUUUUUAUCAAGUAGUAUUGCGAUAAUUUGGAAGUGCUACUUAGAAUAGGCAAAAAUAGUAUGGUUGUAGUGUACAACAAGUUUUCUAUUUCCAUCACAGACACAUUGUUGUACUUUCGAAUGUAAAGAAACGAAAGUGACAAAUGUCAUUUAAUCCUUACAAAUAAUAUUGGCAUUUGCAACAAAUCAUACACAUUUGUACUGUAUCUCAGUUUUAAUAGACUGCAGUUUCUUUACUUUGAAUCUAUCACAGAUUUUGUGAUUAGCACUAUCUGCCUAAUACUACUGGUAUGUCUGUACUAAAAGUUUUUUUUAAUGAA